CCAGAAGCGUUUUGUUCCCUCCCACCCAUGACGACAAUACUGCUCAUGUCCAAACGUUAUCAUAUUCAGACCUUUCAUAUGGUCAACGAUACUUUGAACAUCGCCUGUUUUAUGUAAUACAGUAACGAUCUGACAUUUUUUUGCAGUCGAAGGGAAAAUGACUCACAGACUGUUCGAAGGGAAACAUCAUGCCUCCCUUUAUCAGAAGUAUCGCUUUGAUCCACCCGAUGAUGUAAAAGAGAUCAUUCUACAGUAUCUAGAGAAAAAGAAAGGACAACCCCAUCAGCUAGCUGUGGAUUUAGGCUGUGGAACGGGACAGAACUCUCGUCUGUUGGCACCACACUUUCAGCAGGUGGUGGGCAUGGACAUCAGUGAAUGUCAGUUAGAGGAGGCAAGAGCUGUGCAGGGCUUUCCCAACCUCAGCUACAAAGUGGGCAAAGCAGAGGAGCUGCCAUUCCCAGAUGGUUCAGUGGACCUGCUGACGGCUGCCUCUGCAGCCCAUUGGUUUGACCCUGGGAGUUUCCUAAAGGAGGCUGUGCGCGUCCUGAAGCCCUUUGGCUGCUUGGCUUUCUUUGGUUAUCGAGACAGUUUUAAAUUCCACUCUGGUUCUUGUGGUGAUCGACUUAAUAACAUAUAUGAGGAUGUAAAGCAGGUAUUGCUGCCCUUCACAAGCACUAAGGUAGCUGUGGCCAACAAUAAGCUGCAAGAUUUAUAUGAAGCCAUUCCCUUCCCAGACAAAGAGAGGAUUGAAGUUAUUCCUGUAAAGGUGCAGAGCACUAUCACAAACAUAAUUGGGCUUUUUGAGACAUUCUCCAUGUAUCAAGCCUAUCUGAGAGCGGAGCCUAGUGCUGCAAAAGCUCUGGUUGAGAAAGCAACAUCACGUUUUCUGGAAGAGAUGAAGGUUUCAUCAUCAGAUGCCGAGCUUGAGUUGAGCAUGGAGUACUACUGUGUGCUUGCGUGUAAACCUCAUUGACACAUGACCUACCUUCACUUGACACCUUAAAGGGACAGUUCACUCAAAAAUUUAAAUACUCACCCUUGAAUUGUUCCAAAUCUGUAUAAAUGUCUUUGUUCUGAUGAACACAAAGAAAGAUAUUUGAAUGCUUUUAACCAAACAGUUCUUGGCCACCAUUGACAUCCAUUGUAGGAAAUUAGUAGGUUCAAUUAAACAGUAGUUAAAAGUGUUUGCUUUCGUAUUUUUUAAAACAUCUAUAUAGUACAUUUAUUAAAUAUAUUUAUAAAGCUAUCUUUCCUACUAUGGUAGUCAAUGGUGGCCAAGAACUGUUACAGUUACAAGCAUUCUUCCAAAUAUCUUUCUCUGUGUUCAUCAGAACAAAGAACAACAACUUGAGGGUAAAUAAAUGAUGACAAAAUUUUCAUUCCUUUAAAUACUGUCACCUUUGGUCGGCUAUUUUGUUAAUUAUCUUAAUAAAUUUGUUAAUAAAAAGUAUACAUUUUAUGAAAAAGCCAUAGUUUUUGUAGUGAAAUAUGCAAAAUCAUGUAAAUCAAUGCGUAUUACAUGGCUUAAUAUUAAUUUAUAAAUGAUCACUCAUAAACAUAGAUGCAUCAAUCUAAUUUUGUAAAUAAAUGAAUCCUCUUGUAUUUUGCACUUAAUUUUGUAUUCAAUAAACGUUUUCUGAAUCCCACUGAAA